AUGGCCUCGCCAACUCCUCUCACGCCAACCAUGCGCGCCGCACAGUGGCGCACCAUAAGCAACGGCAUCGAAAAGAACCUCAAAGUAACCACCAACGCAAGAUUCCCAACACUGCCGAAAGACCAUACGCUCGUCAAAGUAUCUUAUGCAUCUCUGAAUCACCUCGAUUACAAAGUAGCUGAGCUACCCUUCUUCAGCACUUUCAUCACCAAACCAGCCACACCUGGACUCGAUUUCUCCGGAUUAGUUGUCUCGACGACCCUGGACACCCUCCGGCCCGGCCAACGCGUCUUCGGGCGAACGGAACCGCCUGUGUGCGGAACACUGGCGGAGUACGUGGUUGUAGGGAAAGCAGGAAUCGCCGCGCUACCAGAGGGUGUAGCACUGAGAGAUGCGGCUUGCGUUGGGAUCUGUGGUAUCGCUGCCUUCCAAGCUCUUGCCCCGUUUGUGAAGCCCGGGAGUAGAGUUUUGAUCAACGGCGGCAGCGGCGGCGUUGGGAUAUUCGCUAUUCAUAUUGCCAAAGCCCUCGGAUGUGCUCGCGUUACAGCCGUCUGCUCGGGACAGAAUGCCGAGUUUUGCCGGAGUCUUGGUGCUGAUGACAUUUUUGACUACAAGAAAGAGAACCUUGUAAUGUCAUUGAAGCGGAAAGAAGAGUUUUACGACCACAUUUUGGAUACUGUCUUCCAAAAUGGCGACUUAUACUGGCAAUGUCACCAUUAUCUGGCGCCUGGAGGAACGUAUGUAUCCGUCGGUCUUCCGUUGCAGUUCAAAACGUUCAGGACUCUGAUUGGUAUUUAUAUCCUACCAGGGUUUCUUGGUGGAGGAAAGAGAAAAUUCAAAUUUCAUUCUGUAACGGCCAAUACCCAGGAUUGUGCACAAGUUGGCCAAUGGAUUAAAGAGGGUAAGGUUAGACCUGUCAUCGAGGAAGAAUUUGAGUUGGAGAACGCUGGAAAGGCGUAUGGGAAACUCAAGACUGAGAGAACAGUGGGAAAAAUAGUGGUGCGAGUUUGCGGCGAGCCAGACUGA